UUCACUAAUCCUCAUUUUUACCCCUCACACACUCUCCGUCUCUCAACUCUUUCUCUCUCUAUCUAAAAAUCCUCCUCACUUUCUCUCUCUAGAAAACAAUCAGAAAAAAUGAGGACUGCUGUGUUGAGAUCCAUCCAAUCUUCACUUCGCAAAUCAUCUUCUGCACCUUUACUUCGCCGGAGUUUCUCAUCGGAAUCUGCGCCGAACCGUAAAGUCGUCGUCUUAGGUGCCGCCGGCGGUAUCGGACAGCCGCUUUCACUUUUGAUGAAAUUGAAUCCACUUGUAUCUCAUUUGUCUCUUUAUGAUAUCGCUGGCACUCCUGGUGUUGCUGCUGACGUCAGCCAUAUCAAUACCAGAUCUGAGGUGGUUGGUUACAUGGGUGAAGAAAAUUUGGGAAAGGCAUUGGAAGGAGCUGAUGUUGUCAUCAUCCCAGCUGGUGUACCAAGGAAGCCAGGUAUGACUCGAGAUGAUCUUUUCAACAUCAAUGCGGGUAUCGUUAAGGGUUUGUGCACAGCUAUUGCCAAGUAUUGCCCAAAUGCACUUGUUAAUAUGAUCAGCAAUCCAGUCAACUCUACUGUUCCCAUUGCUUCUGAGGUCUUCAAGAAAGCCGGUACCUAUGAUGAGAAAAAGCUGUUCGGUGUGACUACACUUGAUGUUGUCAGAGCUAAAACUUUCUAUGCUGGAAAGGCUAAUGUUCCAGUUGCUGGUGUAAAUGUGCCUGUUGUUGGUGGCCAUGCUGGUAUUACCAUUCUACCAUUAUUUUCCCAGGCUACACCACAAGCAAACAAUUUAUCAGAUGAACAAAUAGUUGCUCUAACUAAAAGAACUCAAGAUGGUGGAACGGAGGUUGUGGAAGCAAAGGCUGGAAAGGGUUCUGCUACACUCUCAAUGGCUUAUGCUGGAGCAAUAUUUGCUGAUGCUUGUUUGAAGGGACUUAAUGGUGUCCCAGAUGUCGUGGAAUGCUCAUUUGUGCAAUCAAAUGUUACCGAACUACCUUUCUUUGCAUCAAAGGUGAGACUCGGCAAGAACGGUGUAGAGGAAGUCCUAGGUCUUGGCCCACUUUCAGACUAUGAGAAACAAGGUUUAAAGGCCCUUCUACCCGAGCUAAAGUCAUCUAUCGAGAAGGGAAUCAAGUUUGCCAACCAGAGUUAGAACAGACCUUAUGGUUGCGGGUUGUUGCGAUUUGAAAAGAAGUUGUCACAUUUUUGAAUAUGGGUUGAACUUUUGUUGUACCUCCUUUGCUCGAUUGUGUUGUUCAGGAGGCACUAGGCCUACUUACCUGCCCAAUAAUAAGGGAACCUUGCCCACAUACCCUUUGCACAACUAAGAGUGGUAGAUUGGUUUAAUGUUAGGGCGUUUUAUGUUCUUUAAAAACUUUUCGAAAUCUGUUGAUUACCAGUGAUCACAUUUUAGAACACAACUGAUAUUUCAAAAAUGUUUUAGUUGGAUAAGUUCAUCUAAUACGUUUAAAUUAAUAAACUUAAUGUAAUGCUACGAGAAAUUCUGAAUCCAGUUAGAUGUUAGUCACUAA